AUGGGUUGGGCCAGCACCGAGGACAGGGCCGUGCCACAGGCGCUGGAGAAACUCAGACUCGAUAUGGAGGAGGUCUUCGACAGGCACAGGGAGCUCUAUGGGGGGAAGCCUCCGACUACUCCGACGCAGUCGCAGUCGCCGAGGAGAUGCACCGUGUCGGCGCGGGAGGUGGGUGCCAAGACUCUCCCUCGGCCGAGCCUUGGUCCGCACGAGGGCAAGCGUGCGGCGCAGCCCCAGCUCGCGGGCCUGAGGCGGCCCCCAGUCUCCAGCUCGCAGCCCCAGUCCCCAGCGCCCCAGCCCCAGUCACCAGUCUCCCCAGUACCCAGCCCGAGCGCGUCUGCGCCGACCAGCCCGUUGCGCCACAGCGUGCGGCGCGAGAUCUCGGCCAGGCUGCGCAACAACACCUUCGACAUCACCGAGUCCGAGAACAACUGGAUGCACUCACUCCUGAAGAUGGAAAGCACGUCGCGCAUGUCGAUGUCGAGCAGGCGCGCCCUCGGCGCGGCGGUGGCCAGGGUGUCGGCCGCCGCGCCGACGUGCGUCCAGCGAUUCGUGCGGCGCCCGGCCUACGAGCUCGCGCAGGUGCUGGUGAUCUUCCUCGACGCCGUGCUCGUCGUGUGGGAGAUGCAGCAUGCCGCGCAGGGGGCCGCCCCCAGCGCGCACCUCGGCGCAGGGGGCAUCGCCGACGCCCCGCUCUUCACGGUGCUCCUGGACAUCUCGUGCGCCUGCGUCUUGGUCGACCAACUGCUGAGGCUCGCCGGCGGCAAGUUCGACCAGACGCUCGGUGCCUUCUGGCAGUCGUUCCACUUGCUGGUCGCGGCCACGCAGCUGCUCCAGGCCAUCGGGCACCACUCGCACCUGCACCAGAGGUCGAGCUCGCAGUUCAGGGUCGGGCUCGCCAUGCUCUCCACCCUGCGCAUCGGCAGGGUGCUGUCGCUGGUGCUGGUGUCGAGGGUCAUCCGCCAGCACCGCUUCUUCCGGGAGCUGCGCAUCAUGGUCCACGCCCUCGCGGGAGUGGUCAAGGUGCUGCUGUGGUCCAGCCUGCUGAUAUUCACGAUCCUCCUCAUGUUCGGCACCGUCCUGUCCGAGGGGACGCUGGCCCUGCUCGUCCGCAGCGGGCCUGGCAGCGCACCGCCGUCUCUGCAGGAGAACGGUUCGGCUCGCUAUUCGCCGCUGUGCUCACGCUCUUCCAGUCGAUGUCCGGGGGCGUCGACUGGGAGCAGGUUUGGCUGGACCUCGGCGCGCUUGGCUGGAGCUACAGGGGGGUGUACCUGCUGUUCAUAUGUUUCUCUCUCACGGUGCUGCUCAAUGUGGUGA